GCCGCCUGCCCCGUUCGUUGGGGAGAGUCCAUUGAACGUGGCGAGAGGGGGGAGUGGCGGGCUGCGCGGCGUGGUUGAACGCAGGCGCUCGGCCCUGGUUCCGGGAGAGCCCGUGCCCGGAGGCGCAGCCAGGGGAGGCCGUGGCAGUCGGGGACGCUGAUCGGAUCGCUCGGCUCAGUCUCCCCCCCCGGGUCGCGGCGGGGGAUGGUGCCUUCCGCAGCGCGCGCCUUGCUCCCGCGGUUCGGCUGCUCUGACGCGGGAGGGGACGUGAGCGCCAGGCUGGUCCCUGGGAGCGCGGGCCUCGGCUCCGCACGGACGGGACCAUGUCGGCGGGCGGGGAGGAGCUCAAAGUGCCCGAGGAGAUGUUCAAAGAUGUCAAGUUCUUCGCUGUGGGAGACAUCGACCCCAAGGUUAUUCAGCUUCUGAAAGCUGGGAAAGCAAAGGAGGUUUCUUAUAAUGCACUGGCUUCACACAUUAUUUCGGAAGAUGGGGACAAUCCCGAGGUUGGAGAAUCUCGUGAGGUUUUCGAUCUUCCUGUGGUAAAGCCUUCCUGGGUGAUUUUGUCUGUUCAAUGUGGAGCUCUUCUGCCGGUGAAUGGUUUCUCUCCAGAAUCAUGUCAGAUUUUUUUUGGAGUCACUGCUUGUCUCUCUCAGAUUUCAUCUGAAGACCGAAGUGUGCUGUGGGCUUUGAUUACUUUUUAUGGAGGGGAUUGCCAGCUGAGCCUCAAUAAUAAGUGUACUCAUUUGGUUGUGCCUGAGCCAAAGGGGGAAAAAUAUGCAUGCGCUUGUAAACGAGAGAGCAUUAAAAUUGUGACACCUGAUUGGGUACUAGAUUCUAUAUCUGCUAAAGCUAAAAAAGAAGAGAUCUCCUAUCAUCCACGUCUAAUUAUAUAUGAGGAGGAAGAGGAGGAGGAAGACGCAGAAAAUGAAGAACAAGAUUCUCAAAAUGAAGCUAGUACUGAUGAAAAAUUAUCAAGUCCAGCAUCCUCUCGAGAAGGAUCACCUUUGGGUGACCAGGCAUUUUCACCAAAAUCUAUUAGUGCUGAGAAAACAAAAGGGGAAUUGAUGUUUGAUGAUUCCUCAGAUUCCUCUCCUGAAAAGCAAGAAAGGAAUUUGAACUGGACACCAGCUGAAGUCCCACAGACAGCUGCAGCAAAGCGCAGGUUGCCUCAAGGCAAGGAUUCUGGGUUAAUUAAUUUAUGUGCCAAUGUCCCACCAGUACCAGGCAAUAUUUUGCCUCCGGAAAUCAGAGGUAAUAUUAUGGCUUCCGUUCAAGGUACCCAAGGCUCUGAACGACCAGAAAUGAUGACCACGUGGAGUCCAGCAGUGCGGACAUUAAGAAACAUUACUAAUAGUGCUGAUAUUCAGCAGAUUAAUAGACCAUCAAAUGUAGCACAUAUCUUGCAAUCCCUUUCAGCACCUACAAAAAGUUUAGAACAACAAGUAAAUCAUAGCCAACAGGGACAUACAAACGCCGUGUUGUUUAGCCAAGUGAAAUUAACUCCAGAAACACAUUUAUUACAACAACAACAACAUCAAACACAGCAGCAACAGCACCACCCUCUUUUACACCUUCAACCUCAACAACUUAUGCAGUUGCAGCAACAGCAACAGCCACAGAUUCCUCAACAAUCUUUCCCACCGCAACAGUCUCAUCAGUUUUCACAACAGCAACAGCAAGUCCAUCAGCAACACCAGUUUGCACAGCAGCUGCAGUUUCCACAGCAACAGCUACAUCCUCAGCAACAACUUCACCGUCCUCAGCAACAGCUGCAAUUCCAACAGCAGCAUGCCUUGCAACAGCAGUUGCAUCAGUUACAACAACAACAGUUGCAGCAGCAACAGUUGCAGCAAAUACAGCAGCAGAACAUUCAACAGCAACAGCUACAGCAGCAACAGCAGCAAAUUCAGCAACAGCAGUUGCAGCAGCAGCAUUUACAGCGAUUACAUCAGCAACAUCAACAGCAGCAAAUGCAAACUCAAGCACCGCAACAUUUGACUCAAACAUCUCAGCCACCACAACAUCAGGUGCCCGCCCAGCAACUGCAACAUCACCAGCAGCAACAGCAGCCACAGCUGCAACAUCAGCUGUUUGGACAUGAUCCAGCCAUAGAGAUUCCAGAAGAAUAUUUCCUGUUGGGCUGUGUUUUUGCAAUUGCUGAUUAUCCAGAACAGAUGUCUGACAAACAGCUGUUAGCAACCUGGAAACGGAUCAUUCAAGCACAUGGCGGCACUGUGGACCCUACACUUACAAGCAGAUGUACGCAUCUUCUCUGUGAAAGCCAAGUCAGUAAUAUGUAUGCUCAGGCUGUGAGAGAAAGGAAGAGGUGCAUCACAGCACACUGGCUGAACUCCAUCUUGAAGAAGAAGAAAAUGAUACCACCACAUCGAGCUCUUCAUUUUCCAGUGGCAUUCCCACCAGGAGGAAAACCAUGCUCUCAGCACAUUAUCUCAGUGACAGGAUUUGUUGAUAGUGACAGAGAUGAUCUCAAACUAAUGGCUUACCUAGCAGGGGCCAAAUACACAGGCUAUCUGUGUCGCAGCAACACAGUUCUCAUCUGUAAAGAGCCUACUGGGUUAAAGUAUGAGAAAGCCAAAGAAUGGAGGAUACCAUGUGUAAACGCACAGUGGCUUUGCGAUAUAUUGCUUGGAAAUUUUGAAGCAUUACGGCAGAUUCAGCAUAGCCGAUAUACAGUGUUCAAUCUUCAGGACCCACUUUCUCCUACUCAGCAUCUAAUUUUAAACCUCCUCGAUGCUUGGAGAGUGCCAUUAAAGGUAUCAUCAGAGCUACUAAUGGGUGUGAGAUUGCCCCUGAAACCAAAGCAAAAUGAAUCAAGUCUUCAGCCUUCUUCUAAACGGGCAAGAAUUGAGGACAUACCACCACCUACUAAAAAGCUCUCACCAGAACUGACCCCAAUGGUGCUCUUCACAGGAUUUGAGCCUAUACAAGUCCAGCAGUAUAUCAAGAUCAUAACUGGAUUUGUGGUAGGAGAAGGAACUGGAGAGGCACCACUCUGGACCGCCUCCAACAUAUACCCUAGGUUCAGAGCAUGAGGAGAACAACUGCACAUGUGCAGAACAAUGGACACGGCCUAGUAAAAAUCUCCAGACUCAGGCACAUGGUGCGCAUGCAUCCCCAAGUGUGGAACACAGAUAGGGACCACACUUCUUGAAGUACCUCCAGUUACAGAUGAGUAACCUCCAUUUACAUUGUAUAAUGUUUAAACAAAAGCUCACUGUUGGUACAAUUGUUUUGUCUUUCGAUAUUUACAUGGCAUAGAUUUUGUAAACCUAUUGAAACUUCCUACAUAAAAUAAAUAGGUGAUUUUUAAAGUGUGUACACUUCAUAGAUGUACCAGUUUGGCAUUUAUAAGAUGCAUAUAUGUGCUCUACAGGAAGUGAAUAUUGGGGUGUUUCAUUGAUUUUGGAAUGAAACUUUCACAUCUUCCCUCAGGCCCAGAUACUUUUGCCUGAACAUCGUCCAAGUAAGCAUGAUAUGAGGAGGAUUUGCUGGGGUGUCACGGAGUCUGCCUACCUUAGUACCACCACCACUAGCAAUCAACAGAGCAUCACUAUAGAACUACAUAGCAGCUAAUGCAGCCUCUGGGCUGCAGUAGUGUUGAUGACUGCUUUAUGCUUCCCACUCUAUCCUUUUUAAUAUUUUUAUUAAUGUAAUCUUAAAAAUGUAAAUUCAGGGUGGAGAGAAGUAUUUCCAGUUCAAACAGGAAGAAUUGAGGACAGCUAUGCUCAUGAUUGAGCUAUAUUUGAUAGUAAUAAUUCUGGUUCCUUGUUAAAUAGUGGUGUUCACAGUAGUCUGUACCACGGUAGAUUUCACUGCGUUUGUGAGAAUCUAUUUGUAAUUUUCUUGUGAUUAGUAUGGGAUACAUGUCUCCAAAAAUAUAUUUUUAUUUAAUAGAUACUAGACCUGCUCAAAACAUUUUAGGCCAAACAAUUUUCUGUCAAAAAAUACAGUUUUGUCAAAAUAAACAUUACUGCAAAACAUGUCUAUGUUGAUGAAAUUUUCAGUAAAGUCCAAAAUGAUUCAUUUUGACUUUACCAUUUCAUUUUGAGAACGUUGAAAUGUUUUGUUUCAGCUGUAUUUUAUUUAUAUUUUAUUGUUUUAACAUUAUCAAAAUGUUUGGACAUUAGUGAAUUGGAAUAUUUUGAUGAUUCCAAAUCGUGAUGUGGGGUUUUUUUUGUUUUUUUUUUUUCCUUCUGUAAGAAAUUUCCAUUGUAAAAUGUGGAAUUUCCCAUUUGAUGGAAAUUCAGUUUUCCAACCAGUCCUAAUAGAUACAGGAAUGAGUUUAUGAUGGACUUCUUGUUAAUAUGCAUUUUAGACACAGCCACCAAUAUCCUAUGUUUCUUAUUUAAUCGGCACCUCAUUUGUAUUGCAUAAUAUUGCUGUUUUUCAUAAUGAUGCUGUGGAUGAGAGAACUUUUAGUUUUUAAUGAGUAUUCAGUUCCUAGUUUGUUUGGAAUUGACGCGAGCAACAGAAAUUAUAAAAGGAGUAGAAAAAUCUGACCUGUGAGCAAAGGUUAAAAAACAAUUGGCAUGUUUAGUCUUGAGAAAAGAAGACUUGGUUGAUGUCGGGGAGGGAGCGGUCCUAAUAGUCUUCAAAUAUAUUAAGAGCUGUUAUGAAGGGGUCGAUUCUAUUGCAUCUCCGCUGAAGAUAGGACAAGAAUAAUGGGCUUAAUCUGCAACAAAGGAGAUGUAGGUUAGAUAGCAGGAAAAACUUUCUAACUAUAAGGAUAAUUAAGCACUGGAAUAGUUUUCCAAGGGUGGUUGUGGGAUCCCCAUCAUUGGAGGUUUUUAAGAACAGAUUAGGUAAUCUAGACGAUCUAGGUUUAUUUGGUCCCGCCUCAGCACAGAGGACUGGACUAGAUGACUUCUGAAGAUCCCUUCCAGCCCUACAUUUCUAUAAUUCUAUGAUUCUAACUUUCAGAAACUCUACAUUCUUGGGGGUGAAGUAGCAGAA